AUGCCUGUCCUAAUAUUAAGAGAUUUCUGCAAUGAUGAAUUUGAUGACUGUUCCAGCUGGGAUCGUUGGGGUCGCUGGAUAGCUUUCGCUGUCAUCGUUGGCUGUGCUUUCUUGCUCUUCUUUGGGUUUGCCUGUAUCAAUGCUCGCCGCCGUCGCUACUCUGGUCUCCGCCCUUAUCAUGGCACUGCUUGGAUGGCACCUCCUCCAGGACCACCGCCACCGAACCAGCCUAUCUACCAGAAUGAAGCCUACUACCAUCAGGCACCACCACCACAAUACACUGCCAGCCCGCAAAGCUAUGGCUACUUUGGUGCCCAGAAUGCGCCCGUUCAGCGAGACGCCAACGGCAUCGAGCUGCAGCAACCACAGCACGCAUACACACAUGCUGCAGGCUAUGCUCCUCCUGAGGGUCCUCCUCCGAACAAGUCAUGA